GCAACAUGGCGGCGCGGCAGCUGGUGCUGGGGCGGGCGGCGGUGCCGUGCUGGCGGCGGGCUUACAGCAGCGCGGGCGCUGCGGAGUUCCUGCACCGCAGCAUCGUGCCCACCAUGCACUACCAGAAGAGCCUGCCCAGAAACUUCUAAGCCAUUGAGAUAAUAUGGGGUGUAAGGAAGGAUAGAGAAGAGGGGAGAGAAAUUGCGACCACAGUGCAAGAAGCUGAAUCUUCAUCGAUACCAUUGCUGAAAUGUCUCUGUUCCCCUUCCUUCAGACUGCCUGUUCCCAAACUAGAAGAUACAAUUAGGAGAUAUCUGAAUGCCCAGAAACCUCUUUUAAAUGAUGACCAAUUCAGGAAAACUGAAGAACUUGCUCAUCAGUUUGAAAAGGGAAUUGGAAGAGAGCUGCAUGAGCAACUAGUUGCUCAAGACAAUCAGAACAAGCAUACUAGUUACAUCACAGGUCCCUGGUUUGAUAUGUACUUAAAAGCACGUGAACCUGUUGUUUUGAAUUUUAAUCCAUUUAUGUCUUUUAAUCCUGAUCCAAAAUCUGAAUAUAAUGAUCAGCUCAUACGAGCUACAAACAUGACAGUUUCUGCUAUCCGUUUUAUGAAGACCUUCAGGGCUGGUUAUCUUGAACCAGAAGUUUUUCACCUCAAUCCAGAAAAAAGUGACACUCAGCUCUUUAAAAAAAUUAUUCGAUUUGUGCCUUCUUCACUUUCUUGGUUUGGCGCCUACAUGGUCAAUGCAUAUCCCCUAGAUAUGUCUCAGUAUUUCAGGCUUUUCAAUUCUACACGGCUGCCUAAACUCAACAGAGAUGAGCUUUAUACAGAUGAAAAGGCAAAACAUUUACUGGUACUGAGAAAGGGGAAUUUUUAUGUAUUUGAUGUUAUUGACAGAGAUGGAAAUAUGCUGAAACCUUCAGAAAUACAAGCACACUUGAAAUACAUCCUUAGUGAUAACAGUCCAGCCUCGGCCUUCCCUCUUGGCUACCUCUCCAGUGAAAACCGAGAUACGUGGGCAUUGCUGAGAAAGGAUCUACUGGAUAAUGGCAAUGAGGAAGCUCUUCAAAAAGUAGACUCUGCUUUGUUUUGUCUCAGUUUAGAUGAUUUUCCCAUUAAAGACUUUGUGCACUUGUCUCAUACUAUGUUGCAUGGAGAUGCUGCUAACCGCUGGUAUGACAAAUCCUUCAAUCUUAUCAUAGCUAAAGAUGGCACUGCAGGAAUUAAUUUUGAACAUUCCUGGGGCGAUGGUGUGGCUGUGCUCAGAUUCCAGAAUGAAGUCUUUAAAGAUAGUACUGAAGUACCAGCUGUUGGCCCACAGUCCCAGCCUGCUUCAGUAGACUCUUCCACAGCAGUACGGAAACUUGACUUUAAGGUGAGUGAUGCCUUAAAAGCAGGAAUUACCAAAGCAAAGCAGAAUUUUGAUGCCAGUGUAGAAGGACUGUCUAUUAAUAUGAUUCAGUUCCAUGAAGGGGGCAAGGAACUGCUAAAGCAGAAGAAGGUAAGCCCAGAUGCCGUGGCUCAGCUUGCCUUCCAGAUGGCUUUCCUUCGGCAGUACAAUCAGACUGUUGCUACGUAUGAAUCUUGUAGUACUGCAGCUUUCAAACACGGUCGCACAGAAACUAUACGUCCUGCCUCUAUCCAUACAAAGAAAUGUUCGGAGGCUUUUGUCAGGGAACUGUCCAAGCAUAGCACAGAAGAGCUUCAGAAGUUGAUUGUGGAGUGCUCAAAGUACCACGGUCGUUUGACAAAAGAAGCUGCUAUGGGUCAGGGAUUUGACCGACACCUGUUUGGGUUGCGCUAUUUGGCCUUAUCCAAAGGUAUUGCACUUCCUGAUUUCUAUCAAGACCAAGCCUAUGCUCGGCUUAAUUACAACAUCAUUUCUACAAGCACAUUGGUUAGUCCAGCUGUGCAAUUAGGAGGAUUUGGCCCAGUGGUGCCUGAUGGCUUUGGAGUAGGAUAUCAAGUACAUGAUGAUUGGAUAGGUUGCAAUGUUUCCUCUUACCCAACUAGGAAUGGUAAAGAAUUCCUUCAGUGUAUAUACAAGUCACUAGAAGAUAUUUUUAAUGUUUUAAAAGGCAAGGAGGUUAGCAGUUAGACAUAAAAGUGCCGGGACACUUUAAAGUUGUGGUAGAAAAUGCAGACUUUCUCUAAUUGGCAGUACAUACCAACCAGUGUUCAACAUUGCAAACAACUAAGCUCAGUUGGCUUCAUUUAUUUUCACUGAACUUCAACACUGUGUAGAUUCAAUUUGAUUUUUUAAUGUAAAGAAAUCAAGAGCAGGCCUUGAAUACACAUUUCAGGAAAUAAAAACAUUCACAGUGUUGAAAUGAAGUAGUGGAGCCAUCUAUUCAAGCAGAUCAACAUGUUCUUAAAACACGUUUAGAAUAAAAAGCCCUGUUAACAAAUUUAUGAACUCUGACAUCUUUGUUGUGAGUUUCAGGUAGGCAACAGCACCUUUAAACUGUUGGAUUUUAAAAUACAAGCAAUAGUGUUACACUGAAAGAGUGAUUGCAUAUGCACUCUUUCAGUAAGCUUGCUUACAAAGUUGUCACACUUACUUUUCUCUUUAAACUUGAAUAAUAUCAGAACUGGUUGUACCUCAACAGUUUGAAGCCUUUCCAAUAUAACAACUUUUUGAGAAAUGAAUAAUGAAGUGAGAGGCUCUAACUAACCCACAAUCAUCCACUGUGUUGUUAAAUUGUCUGGAAAAAAACUGUGAUGUAAUAAAGCUAUCUAUUGGUAACUAUAAAGUUCUUUUAUUCCAAUAUGAAAA